CCAGCCCAACUUUACUAAGGUUAUAGUGGGCUUGGGGCACGUUAGCACUUGGCACCUACCUACCGAGUCCGAGUCCGUUACGUUACGUGGACAUUCUACUUCGCCUCUCAAUCAUCCCCAGUCCUGGUCGCAGUCCACAAUCGCAUCUUUUCUCUGCACCCUUUGCUCCGUUUUGCACCUUUUGUCUCGCGGCGGAUGAUGCAAGUCCUGCACCGGCUUCCUGUCUCUCCUUCCUGACGCUCCUUUUGCCUUGCUGCUGCUGCGCUUCCAUCCUCCCCCUCUCUCUUUGAUCGUCGUACAACGCCUAUCACGACAAAGCCACGGCCUGUAUGGCCGCCCAUCACAUCUCUCCCCUGCUACAUCCACAUUCGUAUCUGAAUCCAACUUGCCCCGUCUAUCCGAGAGACUUGAGAGCGCUCCCGCUCGAUCCCCCGAGGAACCGCCUCCACAGGAUUCAACAUGCCUUCCGAGAAGGCUCCCUUCUACGACCCCAUACCUCCGACCUACGAUGAGGCCCUAGCCAGCAGCAGCCGAUACGACCCCGACGACUGGGAACCGACCCCGAGAUCCCCCACCGGCGAGCGAAAUGCCCCCGAGGGCGAAUCGCAGUCUCUCCUCCGCAACCCGGGCGGUGCGGCGGGCUCUUCCCGGAGAACCGAUGGCUACCGGGCGCCAACCGUCGAGACGGACGACGAGGACAGUCUGUGGGAUAACGAUAGCGAUUCCGACGAUGAGACGGCUCAGGUGCGGCGUGAGGUCCAGGAGAUGGAGAUUGAGGAGCCCGAUCACUCCCGCGGCUCACGCUGGGGGAAGCGGAUGGGCUUCCUUUCUCUGCCCCAGUGGAAAUGGUCCUGGAGGCCCAGGUUACCUCGACUGCGAAUCCAGCUCCCCUCGCGACCAGACGCGGCCGCCGCAGAUGCUACCGAAGAUACCGAGGCCGACGCGGCCGCCGACACCGAAACGACGACCAGGUCAAGGCGGUGCUGGCCCAAGAUUGACAGGACCACAGCCAUCAUAAUGGGCGUCCGUGCCUUCGCCAUCUUGAUUGUUCUAGGCUUCGUGUAUCUACUCUUCGCCAGCGAUCUCUUUGGCAGUUUGUCGGACCGCAUAGGAGGCGGUUAUCGCUUCAACCCCGAAGACUUGCGUGUGCACGUGCAGCAGAGCGUUGAUCCUAGGCGGUUGCGCGCUUCUGUCCAGCACUUCUCGAGCUACGCCCACAUCGCCGGUACUGAGGGCGACUACGCGACUGCCAUGGAUGUCGAGAGCAUGUUUAGCAGGGCUGGCCUUGACGAGGUGAUGCUAGAUGAGUACAAAGUGUACCUCAAUUACCCGCGCAAGGACGGCCGCGCCGUACAGAUUAUGGACAGCAAAGACGACAAGAAGGCCAUCUGGUCCGCCAAGUUGGAGGAAGAGGAGGUUGGAGGUGAGACGGCGGGCCGACAGACGUAUGCCUUCCAUGGUCACUCCAAGUCGGGCGACGUCAAGGGACCCCUGAUUUAUGCAAACUACGGGUCGCGAGAGGAAUUCCAGUUGCUCAAGGACCAGGGCGUCAAUACCAAGGGGGCCAUCGCACUGGUACGAUACUAUGGCACCCAGGGUGACCGCGCCCUGAAAGUGAAGGCUGCCGAGCUGGCUGGCUUUGCCGGGUGCAUCAUAUACAGCGACCCGGCCGACGACGGCUUUCUCAAGGGAGACGUUGCGCCAAAGGGGCCGUGGAUGCCCGGCGACGGUGUCCAAAGAGGCGCCGUCAGUUUAAUGAGCUGGGUAGUCGGCGAUGUCCUGACCCCGGGCUGGGAAAGCAAGGAGGGACAGCCGCGGAUGAAGCCAGCUGAAAGCCCCGGUCUCGUGGGCAUUCCGAGUCUCCCUCUCGCCUGGAGAGACGCUCAGAUCCUACUGCAGCAUCUCAAGGGGCACGGAAAGAAGGUGCCUGAUGGGUGGACGGGCGGCGUCCCUGACGUUGACGAGUGGUGGACGGGUGACGAGUCAUCACCUAUUGUCCGCCUAAAGAACGAGCAGGACGAGAUUAACCAGCAGCCCAUCUGGAACGUGUACGGCAAGAUUGUCGGCAUGGAGCAGAGGUCCAAGUCCAUCAUCAUCGGUAACCAUCGCGACGCUUGGGCAUUCGGCGCCACGGAUCCCCACUCAGGCACUGCUGUCCUGAUUGAAAUGGCUCGGAUCUUUGGCGACCUUCUACAGCGGGGUUGGAGGCCGUUGAGAACCAUUGAGUUUAUGUCCUGGGACGCCGAGGAGUACAAUCUGAUUGGCUCCACCGAAUAUGUCGAGAACAAUCUCGAGUCUCUGCGCGAUAACGCAUACGCCUACAUCAACCUCGACGUGGCUGUGGCCGGCAGCAGCUUCCGUGCAGCGGGGUCCCCCGUGUUCAAGAAGUCGGUCCUCCACGCCCUCGGCCGGGUUAUGGAUCCCGUCAGCAACGCGACCCUGAGGGAACUCUGGGAUGGCCGGAAAGCCGAGCUUGAUGGGCUCGGCGCAGGCAGUGACUACGUAGCCUUCCAGGACAUUGCAGGCACCAGCUCGUUGGACCUCACGUUUGAGGGAAGCGGGCACCCGUACCACUCGAGCUAUGACAAGUUUGAGCUGAUGGAGGAGUAUAUCGAUCCUGGAUUCGUGUACCACGAUCUCAUGGCGCAGGUGGUUGGGUUGCUCAUCCUCGAUUUGGCAGACCGGGCCGUCCUCCCCUUCGACGUGUCGUCAUAUGGCGAUCGCCUUGAGAGGUGGGUCAACGAUCUUGAGAACUGGGUCAAGAGCAAGACCAGUAAAAGGGACGGCAAAUCGGGCAAAACUGGCAAGACAGAGAUUUCGUUCAAGGAGCUGAAGGAUGCCGUUUCACUGGUCCAGCACAACGCGGAAGAGUUUGAAAAAUGGGAGAUGUACUGGGACCGCGUCGUUCUCUCCAACGGAGGCUGGGAGGCCAACGACAUUGGUGCGGACCGGCUCGAGUAUAACAACAAGAUGGCAUACUUUGAGACGUCAUUACUCGACCUAGAACUAGGUGGUGGCGUCCCCAACCGGACACAGUUCAAGCACGUGGUCUUUGGGCCGCAGCUCUGGUCCGGAUACGAUGAGGCAUUCUUCCCCGCCAUCCGCGACACUGUCGAGGCGGGAGAUUGGACCGCUGCGCAGAAGAUCAUAGCCAAGACGGCGGCGAUUAUCCGCAAAGCGGCGACGGUCCUAGAGAUGUGAUGCGAAUGUAUGAUUUUCCCGAGACCGGCGCCAGAGCGGAGUUGGAGUCUCCUUGUUUUUGCCUGGGCUCCUCCCUAGCCCCUCUCACACAUGCCCUCAAGACGGCACAGCAUUUUUCUUUAUUUUCCUCUACAUCUUCUUCCCACCUUGUAUGUGGAUCGGGUUUGCGUGGCUACACGCGUGUAUAGGAGGCAUUGCAUGGAGUUUGGUUCGCGCGUGGGCUGUGCUUUUGGGUAUCCAGCGUAGCGCCCAAGGACAGCUGCCCCCCCUUUUGGUCAGGGCCAUGGAAAGGGUUAUUUGCUUUCUUAGUUUCUACAAGUAAUGAUAGAAAGAUGAAGGGGACGCAAUGUGAUUUGAUUGUCGAGUCUAUGGCAAGUUACAAGCAAAC